CACAAGGCAGGACCCACAUCCCCGGUAGGUGACUGCUCUCCUUCUCUUUGCAGCGAUAUCAGCCCCUUGCUGAAGGAUCCUGUGGCUUUCAAGGCUUUGCUUGAUCUUCUGGAAGAUCAUCUGAGGGUAUCUUUCCCCAAAAUCGACUUUAUCGCGGGUCUGGACUCCCGCGGCUUCCUCAUCGGCCCCCCUCUGGCUCAGAGAUUGGGCAUCGGCUUCGUGCUCAUCCGCAAAAAGGGGAAGCUUCCCGGGCCCACCGAGUCCAUCUCCUAUGCCCUGGAGUAUGGCAAGGCUGAACUUGAAGUCCAGAGCGACGCCGUGGAACCGGGACAAAAAGUCGUGAUUGUAGAUGACUUGCUUGCGACCGGAGGGACCAUGUGUGCAGCCUGCGAGCUGAUGAGGAGGCUGCAGGCCGACGUCCUGGAGUGCCUGGUGAUCAUCGAGUUAAAACCUCUGAAAGGCUCCGAAAAGCUCCAGUCCGUCCCUUUCUACUCCCUGCUGCAGUACGACUGA